UCUUCAGAGUCCAAAACUCUGAAAAUUCAUAAACUGGGCUUUAAGAAAAAUGAAUUUAUACAGAGAGAGAGAGAGAGAGAGAGAGAGAGAGAGAGAGAGAGAGAGAGAGAGAGAGAGAGAAUUUCAUUUUCUGAGGAUCUUGAUCGAAUACGGGGUUGAAUAAGGAGAAUUACUUCUUCAAGUUCCAAUCUAAGUGAAAUUCAGUCCUGUUUUCCCCUCUUUUAGUCCAAUAUGGGUGGCUUCUCGCAAUCAGUAAUAGUUUAACUUAAGGUAGCAAAGACAGAGUAAAGAGUAGGGAUCCCAAUAAUGUCCAGAUGCGUAAUCCAAGCUUAGGUAGUCAUCGAGAAAUGUCAUUAUCCCUGAGACGGCAACCUUGAGAUAUUUUCUUUUUGAUAGUAAACAACCUGGAAAGGUAACUUACACCAUCAGCAGCUAUUAUUGAUUUUCAUCCUCCCAAUACUCCUUUAUCUUCUCCUUCAUUCCUCACCCACCCCCAUCUCUCUCUCCAACAACCUCAGUGGGAAGUGGUAGUAGAGAAAUGAGAACAGAGAUGGCUGAAGACAUGGUGAUAAUUGGUGCUGGAAUAGCAGGGCUCACUACAGCCCUAGGACUUCACAGGAUGGGAUUGCGAAGCUUGGUAUUGGAAUCAUCAGAUAGCUUGAGAGUCACUGGGUUUGCACUUGUGUUAUGGACUAAUGCAUGGAAGGCCUUGGAUGCGUUAGGCAUUGGUGAUUUUCUCAGAGAACAACAUGUUCUGCUUGAUAGGUUGGUGUUUACAUCAACUAUAUCUGGCCUAGCUACCUCCCAAUUGCCAUUAAGGGCUGACAGUAAACAUGAAAGCAGAGAAGUUCGUUCUGUGAAAAGGAACGCUUUGGUAGAGGCCCUUGCAAAGGAUCUACCACGAGGCACCAUUAGGUUCUCUUCCAAGGUUGUUUCUAUUGAAGAAGCUGACAACUUGAAACUGCUGCAUUUGGCAGAUGGGUCCAUCCUCAAGACCAAGGUAUUAAUUGGGUGUGAUGGACUGAAUUCAGUUGUUGCAAAAUGGCUGGGUCUUGAAAAGCCAGUCUCUUCUGGGAGAUGGGCAAUUAGGGGCUAUGCAGAGUACUUGGGUGGCCAUGGCCUUGAGCCCAACUUCUUGCAGUUCUUUGGAAAUGGCUCCCGCUGUGGUCUGAUGCCUUGUGAUGAGAAGACUGUAUAUUGGUUUUUCACUAGGACUCCAUCUGCCAAGUACAAAGAAAUAGAAGAGAACCCAGCCAUGAUGAAACAGUUUGUUUUGAGUAAUCUUGGGAAUGUCCCUGAGGCAUUAGUGAAUGCCAUAGAAAGCAGUGACUUUGGAAGUAUUGUAGCCUCACCAUUAAAGUUCAGGAAACCAUGGAAUGUGUUAUGGGGAGAGAUCACCAAGGGAAAUGUCUGUGUAGCUGGUGAUGCCCUCCACCCAAUGACACCGGACAUCGGUCAAGGUGGGUGUGCAGCCUUAGAAGAUGGUGUUGUUCUGGCCAGGUGCCUUGCUGAAGCCCUGUUAAAGGAGCCGGGAAGAGAAUCCAACUCAGGAGUUGAAGAUAAAGAAGAUGAAUUCAAUAGGAUAAAAAUGGGUUUGGAGAAAUUUGCAAAGGAAAGGAGGUGGAGAAGCUUUGAACUUAUUAGUACAGCUUAUGUGGUGGGUUCGAUGCAACAAAGUGAAGGAAAAGUCAUUGGCUUCUUAAGAGAUAAUUUGCUGUCAUCAUUAUUAUCUGGAUUGCUGUUGAAGAAGGCUUCUUAUGAUUGUGGAAAACUCAAUAUCUCUUAAGUUGUUCUUACUUCGGAAGUGGUUGUCCUUGAGAUAUAUAUAAAUAUAUAUAUAUAUAUAUAUAUAUUAAGUUAAAAUUUACAGAGAGAUCAGAGUUAUUUAAAAGUAGAUCAAAUCAAGGUGACUCUUUUGAAGCACAUAUGUCUGUUUAUAAUAAGCUUGAAAUAAAGUUUGUUUACUGUAUCAA